AUGGAUAUGGGAGCUGGUGUUUUUAACAGGGGUUUGGAUGACUCAGCCAAAAACGCCGCCGCCGUUUCUAGAACCGUUUUCAUUGCCUUCGCCAUCGAGUGUACCGUUCCACUUACGCCAAGCCCAGCUGAGUGGGCUAGGCAUACACUACACAAGGUGUGGUUGGCUUUGGUGAACACUUUUCUCCGGAUGGAGCUACGAAAACCGCCGAUACCGCCGACUGUACCCAACGUCGAAGAACGGAAAAGAAGAGCAUUUGCCGACGUCGACGAAUUUACGGUAACAACACAUGAGCGUUCGCUUUGUAAGAAGACCAAAGCCGAGCGAGAACGCGCGUGGUGUCUAUGA